GAGAGCGACUCCGAGUCAUCCCGCUCACCGGCUCAGACCAAUGAAGAUCAGGGGGACGUCUGCAUGCGGCCCAGGAACCAGGAAUUGUGGAGUGAUAGGGAGUUUGCUCUCGCAGCGGUAUGCGAGAAUUACCUCGCCAUGGAGUGGGUGGACGUCUCGUUGCGUCAGGAUCCCGAGCUCAUAGCUACCGCUUUAUGGUGCUUCGGGGAGAAGUGCCGUGACUACAGCUCUGAGCCGCUUUGGUCCGAGGAUUGGUUGGCGAACGACUUCACUGUAGCGAAGGCCCGCGAGCUGGCGUGGCGGUGGGUCUCCACCGUGGAGGCGCGCUACUUCAAGCGGGCGCUGGACGCCAUCUUCCCUGUCGUGGAGGACCAGGAAGAAUGGCAGAUAGCGCAAAGUAUCGAGGGUCGCCUCAGCCUGCUGCAUCUUGCAUGCUUUCCCUCCAGCGCCGCUCCUGGCACCGCGCCCGAGUGGCUCGCUGGCGUCCAGGAGGCGCUCUGGAUCGACCAGUCCAUCUGGAACGACACCGAAGUGAUGGGCCUCCUCAAUCGCUUCGAGGCGAGCCUGGGUCUCCCGAUUAAUUAUGUCCUGCUGCUAGAAGAGGGCGUCAAGUACGGGUCGAAGUUCCCAGAGUUCGGCAUUCCCGUGCCUCUGCACCUCAAGCGCAAGGGCAGGUGGGAGAAGGUCAAUUGCGACUCCGCAUACCCAGAGGACGGGGAGGCCCUUGUGGUACCUCCCAACAACCCGCAAGGCCCAGCGCCUGUGAUCUUGUACCUCCUGGGCGCAGGCAAGUUCAACAGCCGCGAGUCAUUCCUUGGUGGCGAGAUGUCGGUAUUGUGGGAGAACGAGCCACUCAGGGAGGAUUACUACAUGGUCGUGCCCAAGCCCGACACGCGUACUGGUCUCAUCUACUACCUCGGCGAGGGCUUCAAGAGGGAGUGGUCCGAGGACGCCGUCUGGUGCUUGUUCACUGAGAUCCUCAGGCGCCUCGGCCCAGAGAAGGUCGACCCGUCACGGCUCUACGUGAGUGGUUCCUCGCAGGGCGCGGUGGGCGCGUGGGGAUUGGCAGUCAAGUUCGGCAGCAUGAUCGCCGCUUGCCAGCCAAUGGGCGGCAGGUGCGAGUGGCCCAGCAAUUCGUGGCCCAGUGAUUCCCCCUCCCCUACGGAGGAGGCCAUGCAAAACCUGAAGCUGUGCCCGAUCCGCUGCUCCCACUGCAGCACGGACUCGUAUGCCCCCCCGCCGAAGCGCGACAUGGAAUCCCUGACCUACUACGCCGCCGAGGAGCGGAGCUACGACAUCUCGCCCUUCGGCUGGGACAUGGCCACGAAGAUGGACACCACGGUGAAGAAGUGGGUCUGGAAGGACACCAUGAAUCCGUUCGAGCUCUUUUGGGUGAAGGGCCCCAUGGCGGACAAUUGCCCCAUGUGGCCUGGCCUGGACAACCACCUCGUGUGGUUCCGGAUUAUAUCCAACCCGCUGUGGGGCUUUGCCGCCUUCUUUUCGGAACAUACCGUCCCAGAGGAGCGGCAGUGGCGCUUCGACUCGGAGCCCAUGAAGGUCGACACGUCAGCCCACAGGGCAAUGCUGGAGCAGAUGGGGUACUGGGACAAGCCCGAGCCCACGCCGCCCGAGAUCAGGACAGAGACCGUGUACCUGGGGCAGGUCCAGAAUCUGGGCGAGUGCGGUGCGCUGGACGAUGACGUCCGCGAGUGCCUCACCAGCAACCUGGCCAAGUGUGCACAGGACCACGAGAUGCUCGUGCUGCUCCAGAUCGAGGUCCCAUCCCACCCCGUGCCCCUCUCGAUCGAGCUGGCUCUGAUCAAAUGGCACGCGGACGUGAACAAGGCAGUGACCGCCUUCCAGAGGCACCUCGGGGCGACCCUGCAGAACGUCGCGCAGGGCCAGGAGCUUGGAGUGUCCCUGCAGGUCAGCAUCCCAGUGCCUCCAGAGGCAGUGCAGUUCCACGUCGUGGCCAAUAGGCCUUGGGACAAGUCCGCCAUCUGCAAGCUGCGCCCUGGGCUGCCCGUUCUGGCGCUCAAGAUCAGGGCCGCGGAGCUGAUCUACAUGGACGCCAAGAAAGCGAACUGCUUCGAAGUCGGGCUCCGGCCGAACCCGAAGCCCGGUGAGAAGUCUCAGCCCAUCGUCCCCCUGCCGAUCGACAUGCCCUUGACCGAGGACCACCUCGAGCUCGACGCGUGCCUGGAGGACAAGAAGGCCUCCGCGCCACCGCCGACGCUGCAGGCAACCGACGCAUCCAUGAUGAAGCUCAUGGUGCUUCUGGCGCACCACGAGGACCACGAGCUUGAGGGCUACCGCCCCACGAUCCACACCCUUAAGAAGGGCACCACGGUCGUCGAGCUGAAGAGAACCAUCGCCGAUAUCACGGGCCGCAGCAUGGACGAAUUCGGCAUUUGCCCGGCCACGGCAUUCCCCGAGAACGACAGGGAAGGGGAGGGGGUGAUCAAAUACCCAUUGAAGGACGAGGCGGUUCUGACCGAGGAGAAUUGGCUUUUACAGGUGUGCGACCUUGGCCUGGCGAUCACCUUGGACCUGGGCGGCAUUGCCAAGGAGAUGGACAUAGACAAGGGCACCACCGUGAGCAAGAUGAAGUGGAUCCUCGCGAACGGAAACGAGAAAAAGGCUCGGAAUUAUAGGCUGGCCCUGGUCCCGGAGGAAGGGGAGAAGCCCAAUCCAUUACCGGACGACCUCGUUCUGACAGAGUCGCACGCGCGCCUCAUGCUUUGCUAA